GUCGGCGCGCCGUGGAUGAGCGGAUUGCGCGCGCGCGCGCGCGCUCGCACGAUGCGAGAGCGCGGGAUUAGCCACAGGUUCAUCGUUCACCGUUUGUCGCGUCGAUCGUCGAGUGAUCUCAAUUUGCGCGAUACGACAUAUUGGUUUCCGUUCAACACUUGCCGAAACGUAUAUGUAUUAGAGUGAUUUCGAGGCGAUCGCGAAUGCGUUUGGAUCGUGCGAUGCCGCCUCGCAGCGGUAAGUGCGCGCGUGUCAGCAAAAUAGCCACUAAGGGGCGCCAAGUGCGCGCCCAACACGCCUCUCUGGAUAUCGUGGAAACCGCCGAGGAAGCUACUACGGGUAUGGUAGUAAUAACGACAGAGACGACCGUCCUCGUGACAAUGACAACGACGACGUUGACGGCGAUGACGUCAAGCGGAACGGCGGCAGUCGUGACAACGAGAAUGGACAAGCCCGCGGUAACGGCGGCGUGCAACGAGGGUCGAUCGCAAUGGACCGGGCGCAUGCGCCAAUCCCUGGAGAGCAGCUCCGAGCCAGCCCGUGAAAACGGUACCCCGGUGCAUCGUUAUCCGGAAAGGCAGCGACGACGGGAGAGACUCACUUUGGGGAGGAAACAUCAUCGACCGGCAAAAGAUACCGAGACUACCAUCGCCGGAGCCUCAUGCUCGUCGACAUCGUUAUCGUCGCCGCCGACGCUUUCGUCACCGUCUUCUUGCGCAUCUUCGCGCCGCUCGAGCUCCCCGCCAUCGAGCACUUCGUCGCCAGCGCGAUCCUCCACCUCCUCAUCGGUCACGAGCGAUCCGCUAGCGGUCAAGCUAGCGACCAAAGGCAGGCGAGGAGGCAAUUCCGAUUACAGCGACAACGGGAUUGAAAAGAGGGGAGAGAACGCGGGACUAAAACAGGAUAACAACAGCUCGAUUCAUGGAGCAACGGAAACGACGACGACAACGACGACGACGACGACGACGACGACGACGACGACGACGACGACGACGACGACGACGACGACGACGACGACGACGUCGGUGUCGACUUGUUCUUCUUCGACUACUGUGUCGUCCUCAUCACCAUUCUCUUCCCCCGUGUCUACUUCUUCCGCAUCAUGUCGGACGACGAUGACGCCGCGCGGUCAUGAUCUCGAUCAUACAGGAGCCGCACACCCCUCGUCCUCGUCCGCUCUUGAAAGACUGAGAAGUGCUUUGGAGAACUAUGAUCGUAGUCGAAUCUACCUCGCCCAUGUUUGUUAUCUGGAUUGGCGGGAUCUGCCAGGUAAACGACAUGGCGGUGGCGACGCGACGCGGAGCAGUGAGAGGGUGUGGGUGGUGGGAGCGGCGGAUCACGAGGGCCACCAUCGGACGCGAUUGUUGGUGGCCGGCCGCCACUGGCGACCACGUUGUCUACGCAGGGUCAACAUGCUGAGCCAACCGGUGGUGUACGCCGGUGGCGGUAGAGGUUCCUUAACUGCCGAUCUUUUUCUAUGGUGGUUCCAUCGUGAAUUUGCUGUCACGGCAAUGGCGAUGCAUCCGGAUGGCGCCGUGUUGGUAGUCGAGAGCGCCGAUUAUCUACCACCGGAGGGUGACUGUGUCGCCGCGGAUGGUCUAGUACGACUGUUCAUUGUUCCCAAAGAUUGCAUGGAGACGCGUCUGGUAGUUCGAGAAUUGAGAGUGCGAUUAGCUACCGGUAUACUAUCGAGAGCACGCUGUGGCGUUUAUCGCGAUAAAUUCCCCUCGAUCUUGGGUUUGCCCGAGGAAGAAGGCGAUCACCGAUUGGAUGCGUAUUUAAAAAGAUUUACGCUAAAGGAGGCAUUCGCGGAUCUACAUCGUGCUUGGCUCAGUGUUCGAUCGGAAACAUUUGCUCGCAGUUGGACGUUACCACGCGAUCGUGAGGAUCACUCGCUGACGGGGUGUAAUGGUGCCAUGUUGCCGCCCAGGAUCCACGCGGUAGAUCAGGAAGAGGACAGGAUAUUGCUCGUCGAAUUGCAAGGUCUCGCUAGGGAGGUCGGAUUGGAAAUCACCGAUGAUGAGCUCGGUAGAUGGAUCGUCGAUGAGGAGAGCGCGUUCACGUGUCUCGUUAAAAAAAGGGAACCGGAUGAAGAACAUUGUCGGGUGAAAGUCGAGGUAGAGGCGGAUAAAUGGUCGGACCGCAAUGGCGACGAGGAUGGAAACGAUGGUAUCGAAGAGGAUGAUGGCGAGGACGAACCCACCGCUGAAGAGGCUGUCGGACUUCUGUCGAGAGUGUUGACUUGGAUGGAAAGAGAACCUCUCGAUCCAGGACUCCUACUGACAAUCAGAUCGAUGCGCGAUACUGCCGCACUUAUGGCAAGCAAGAUGGGUUUGGCAGGAACGCAUCCAGCAAGCGGGCUACCUUUCUUCUGUCCGAACGGGGACCACCUUACGCAGCCACCCCCUGCCCAUAUGGGUAUACCACCAUACGGCGCAUUGGACGCUGGCAAGGCGGCCGCUGCUGCUGGUCUUACGAGAGCACCGAUGUAUCCCUUUUCGACGAGCCAGUACGCAUACCCCAUGCUUAGUCCAGAAAUGACGCAAGUCGCUUCCUGGCACACACCGAGCAUGUACCCCAUCUCACCGGCGAAUGCCGGCUUCCGAAGUCCAUAUCCCACGAGUUUACCCAUCACGAGUUCUAGUUUACCAAGUGAUCUCUAUCGAUUUUCACCGACGGGCCUUAUGCCUCCGCAUCCCGGCCUGAGUCCGCACGCACACGCGCUAGCGUCGCACGCAUUGGUGUCCUCGGCGCCAAAAGCGGACCACUCCACCCUGGAUCACAAUCACAGGUCAACGAUAGAGCAGAAAAACUCCACGUCGUUACCUACGGAUAACGCGAAAGCUCAGGACACGGGACAACAGAACAAUCAAGAUAAAAAGAAACCCCAUAUAAAAAAGCCUUUGAACGCAUUUAUGCUGUAUAUGAAGGAGAUGAGGGCGAAAGUUGUGGCAGAGUGUACCUUAAAAGAGAGCGCUGCGAUCAACCAAAUAUUAGGAAGACGAUGGCACUCGCUAAGUCGGGAGGAGCAGGCGCGGUAUUAUGAGGCGGCCAGGCAGGAGCGCCAUCUGCACCAGCAACGAUACCCCGGCUGGAGUGCCAGGGAUAACUACGGAUAUGGCAGCAAGAAGAAGAAGAGGAAGAAAGAACGCUCCACAGAUCCCACCGGAGGUAAUAACAUGAAGAAAUGCCGUGCUAGGUAUGGAUUAGAUCAACAAAGCCAGUGGUGCAAACCUUGCAGACGCAAGAAGAAAUGUAUCAGAUACAUGGGGGAGGGAGGAGACGGCGAUGGUGAAGCUGAUGGUGAGGCCGAGGAUGAUCAUUCGGAGGACAACUUGGGUAGCGUAGGAGAGGCGGGAACUCCAGAGGAGGACGAGUCCCUCAGUAGCCCCGGGGGCCUAUCCGCGUUGUCUAGUCUGGCGAGCCCUUCGUUGGUCUUACCAUCACCCUCGAGUCUGGCCAGUCCAUGCCCAUGUCCGUUGACGCCCCCGGUGCCGCCUCCACCUCUGUCGAACACGAACCAGCCGAUAACGACGACGACGACGGUGGCAGCGAUGGCGGGAUCGGCGGCGGCGGUGACAUCGGUGGCAGCGCAGCAACAACAGCAACCGCAACCACCUCCACAGCCUCAUCGCAAUCCCGUCGGCACGAAUCCUCACGACAUUAAUAAUCCGCUCAGCGUGAAUCAAUUGACUGGACAGUGUAUAAAAAGCGAACCCGCGCCUUCGGGCCCCUCCAACCCGGCAAUCAGUGUUACGUAGCCCCGGCCGGACCCACGUGACCGAACUGUUGUUAUACGCGGUGUCAUCUAUAGGGUCCGUCUACGUAUACACGCGAUGUGAAGGCUGGAUGACAAAGAACUGAUUGAAAUGAUGAUAAAAAUAAUAAGUGGAAGAGAGCGAGAGAGAUUUCUGAGGAGAGGAGGAGAUCAAAAAAAGAAUCUCCCCUUUGUUCAGUUUUCUCUUAUAGUCUGAUCUGAUCAAAGAGAAGGGAGAGAAGAAGACCAGAUAAACGGAGAGUGUGAUAGUCUCCAAACACCUGAAGAUAAUACGAGGGCUCACUUACGAGAUAGUUGAGCAUGUGUUGAAAUUAAAUGCAAUCCGUAAUCUAAAUGGCACUGUUAACGAUUUGAAUUCGGGUACGUAAAGUCACAUCGCCGUUGUGGAUUUAUUUUGUCUUCGAUCGUUCUCUUCUGGCCUCGCUCUUGUCCAUUGUUCGCCGAAAUAGGAAAUGUUCAGUGUCCAAAGUUGGAAAUAACAAUCGAGACGUUAUAUUUGUGUUAACGAAAGAACAAAAAUACUAUGUGCAGAAAUACUCAGGACCAAGUAUUUGGUUGUCACCUGCUCGAUAAAAAAGAAAAGGAAACGUAAGCGAGAGAGAAGCGUGAAAGAAUAUACGUGCACAUAUACAUGCGUGCGCAAAUUGGGAUAGAGCAAGGUGCACAGAUGAUAAUGCGACUGAGGAAGUAAGCUUAUAAGCUGAGGAAAAUGCGCGUGACGCAGCUUGUAGUCCUUGUUACGUUGUGAUGCCAAUGACUGAGAAGUCAUGUUCCUGUGCCAGCUACUAUACUCUAGAAAAGUAAUUAUAUUGCGAACAAGUAGCUAGAAACGUAAAGCGAAAGAGGGUCGCGAGAAAAAAAUAAAGCGACACGCACGCGCGCGCGAUACGUUUUAUUGUCAUUUGUUUAUUCGACCUCAUCACACAUUGGUGUGUCAAAAUACCCAUCUUCUAUGUAUAUGUAAUUUGUUAUUUUUUUAAAAGUCUAUAUACAGUGCGGUUGAUUAGCAUGUAAGCUUACCGAAUACCUUAUUACCGAAUCCCCGCUCAUUUUCUCUCUAAUACUCGAAUACCUUUUUUUUCUCUCCUGUUUUCCCUCUUUUAUGUCCCUUAUUUUACAUUUUUAAUAAUACUAUCGUUAAUAAGUGGCGCUAUACGAUUGACAAAGUUUUAUAGCAAUAUAUUUCUAUAGAACUUGUCAAACAAAUUGUUUUAUUUGUGCGGAAUAUUAUACUAUUCAACUACGUAGUUACUAAGUUUUAAUACAUAUCGAUCGCGUAUUAAUAUUGAUAAUACGUAAUUGAUAUAUAUUAAUAAUACGUAUAAAAUUUCAAAUUAUCACAGUCAACUUCGAAAACAUCGGUAUAUUUUCAUCUUUUGAUUCUUUUUUUGAAUUGAAAGAUGAUUAAAUUCGUAAAUUCGUAAUUUUGAUUUAACAAAGACAAUAACCGCACUAAAUUAAAAAAAAAAAGAGAGAAUAAAGACUCCCAGAAUCAAGAGACGUGAUCAUCUUUUAUAAAAAGAUUGGAUCGAGCUGCAUUAAGUUACAAGCAGCGUUAAAAGGGACAUUCUUGGGAGGAUUAUCCUGUAAUAUAUUCAUUUCUCCCUUGCAUUUCUGUCCCUCUCAUCAGAUAUAUUUUCUGCCUCCCCUUUCACUCCUACGUGCUAACGUAACAUGAGCGUUUGAUGAACAUAUAGUAACGUCCGACUUAAGAAUUAAUUAUUCGUAAUUUAUAUGCGUGCGCAUCAGAGAAACAUGUUUCUCUCUCAAAUCGUAUAGAAAAAAA